GCGGGCCGGGGCGGGGGCGCGCGGGGCCGGUCGGCGCGCGGGGGCGGCGGGCGCGGCGCUGCCAAUCGCAGACAAAGGCCGCCCCAGUGAAUCAUGUGGUGCCGGGGGAGGAAGUGCGGCUUGUUUUCUUUCCUCCAGUCUCGGGGCUGCAGGCGGAGCGCGAUGCGCGGAGACCCCCGCGGGGGCGGCGGCAGCCCCGAGCCCCGAUGAGGCCGGAGCGCCCCCGGCCGCGCGGCAGCGCCCCCGGCCCGAUGGAGACCCCGCCGUGGGACCCGGCCCGCAACGACUCGCUGCCGCCCACGCUGACCCCGGCCGUGCCCCCCUACGUGAAGCUCGGCCUCACCGUGGUCUACACCGUGUUCUACGCGCUGCUCUUCGUGUUCAUCUACGUGCAGCUCUGGCUGGUGCUGCGCUACCGUCACAAGCGGCUCAGCUACCAGAGCGUCUUCCUCUUCCUCUGCCUCUUCUGGGCCUCCCUGCGGACCGUCCUCUUCUCCUUCUACUUCAAAGACUUCGUGGCGGCCAAUUCGCUCAGCCCCUUCGUCUUCUGGCUGCUCUACUGCUUCCCCGUGUGCCUGCAGUUCUUCACCCUCACGCUGAUGAACUUGUACUUCACGCAGGUGAUUUUCAAAGCCAAGUCAAAAUAUUCUCCAGAAUUACUCAAAUACCGGUUGCCCCUCUACCUGGCCUCCCUCUUCAUCAGCCUUGUUUUCCUGUUGGUGAAUUUAACGUGUGCUGUGCUGGUAAAGACGGGAAAUUGGGAGAGGAAGGUUAUCGUCUCCGUAAGAGUGGCCAUUAAUGACACACUGUUCGUGCUGUGUGCCGUCUCUCUCUCCAUCUGUCUCUACAAAAUCUCUAAGAUGUCAUUAGCCAACAUUUACUUGGAGUCCAAGGGCUCCUCCGUGUGUCAAGUGACUGCCAUCGGUGUCACCGUAAUACUGCUUUACACCUCUCGGGCCUGCUACAACCUGUUCAUCCUGUCAUUUUCUCAGAACAAGAGCGUCCAUUCCUUCGAUUACGACUGGUACAAUGUAUCAGACCAGGCAGAUUUGAAGAAUCAGCUGGGAGAUGCUGGAUACGUAUUAUUUGGAGUGGUGCUAUUUGUUUGGGAACUCUUACCUACCACCUUAGUAGUUUAUUUCUUCCGAGUUAGAAAUCCUACAAAGGACCUUACCAAUCCUGGAAUGGUCCCCAGCCAUGGAUUCAGUCCCAGAUCUUAUUUCUUUGACAACCCUCGAAGAUAUGACAGUGAUGAUGAUCUUGCCUGGAACAUUGCCCCUCAGGGACUUCAGGGAGGUUUUGCUCCAGAUUACUAUGAUUGGGGACAACAAACUAACAGCUUCCUGGCACAAGCAGGAACGUUGCAAGACUCAACUUUGGAUCCUGACAAACCAAGCGUUGGGUAGCAUCAGUUAACAGUUUUAUGGACGAUUGCUCAGAUGAAGAGCUUCAGAAAAGUGUAGUGACCGCUGAAUUUUUAGGGCACUUUUCCUUAAGAAAUAGAACUUGAUUUUUAUUUGUUAUAGGUUUCCAGAUGGCUCCAGAGGACUAAGCAAUAAUGUAGAUUGAUAAACCCUUAUUUUAGUACUAAAGAGGGAGCCUUGCUAUUUCAGUGGGUAUAAUUUAAACUUUUUAAAGAAAAUCUGUACUUUUAUAAAGAUGUAUUUUAUAUAACUUAAAUAAUAAUGCUAAAGCAUACUAGGGUUUUUUUUUUUUUCUUGAGAAUGUUACUGCAAUUAUGUUGUAGUUUGCACAGACUUUUAUGCAUAAUUCACUUUAAAAAUAUAGAAUAUAUGGUCUAAUAGUUUUUUAAAGCUUUUGGACUAAAGUAUUCCUCAAAUCUUACCUCUUCAGGUCACUGAUGGUCACUCCGAUUCUGAGUGCCGCAUGGGUAGCCUCCUAAAAUACAAUUGACAACUUAGCCAAUUGCAACUCCAGUGUUGAUAGUUAAAAUGAAAUAGAAUAGCAGCAGACUGUAAGGUCUUUAGAGAUUUUUUUUUUAAGGUUCAGGCAAUAGGUCCCUCAGAGAAUCUCUUAAGGUUUGCCCAAAGAUUGGUGCUUCCUUUGAGUAGGGCGCUAAUGUAUACACAUUAAUGAUAACAAGUUGAUAACAUUAAAAAUGUAGCUGACUUAUCCUAUUAAACCUCCUCUGCUAUAUUCACAGA